CAGGUUGUUUACAAAACAAAUAUGGAAGACGCAGAAUCCAACAUAGACAAGAAAAAUUGCACGUUUUUAUUUAAAAGGAGGAAAAUCCGAAGCACUGCGGCCAGAAAACGUAAAACAGCAAAUGACGGAAAUGAGAGCAGUGAGGAUGAAACUACAGUGGUUAAGAAGGAGAAGAAACAAGACGAUAAUAAUCCUAUGAAACAAAGUACUAAUACGAAGAGAUUAAAAGAUCAGCAGAAAGAUAUUGACAAUGAUAGCAGUGAGGAGGAAAGCGUUACAGUGUCUUACAAAAGUUCUAGAACUCCUAUGCCAGCAGGGCCAAGCGAUCAAGGAGCAACAGCAAUUUUGGAAACAGAGACGGAGAAAGACAAAGAUGCUCAAGCUUUGUUUGAGAAAGCUCAGAAAAUUAAUGAAGAACUUGAAGGAAAAGAAGAUGACAAGAUUUAUAGGGGUUUGAACAAUUAUGCUCAAUAUUACAAGAAAAAGGAUACAGCUGCUGGAAAUGCUUCUAGUGGUAUGGUUCGCAAAGGACCAAUUAGGGCACCAUCCAAUCUUAGAGCAACUGUUAGAUGGGACUAUCAACCAGAUAUUUGUAAAGAUUAUAAAGAAACUGGUUUUUGUGGCUUUGGAGACAGCUGUAAAUUUCUUCAUGAUCGAUCGGAUUACAAAUUGGGUUGGCAGUUAGAAAGGGAAGCUGCAACGGGAGAAUACAAUAAUAGUGGAGACGAAGAUGAUAAGAAAUACGAAAUCGACAGUGAUGAAGAGACGUUGCCGUUUAAAUGUUUCAUUUGUCGGAAUAGUUUUACAGAUCCUGUCGUUACCAAAUGCAAACAUUAUUUUUGCGAAAAAUGUGCUUUAGAGCAUUACAAGAAAAGUACAAGAUGUUAUAUAUGUAGUGUACAAACGAACGGUGUGUUUAAUCCAGCGAAGGAGCUAAUCGCACGAACGAAGAUGGAAGAGAAAGCAAAAUCUGUCGAGGACGAUGAAAUUUCUGACGAAUAAUAAAGUAUAUAUAUUUUUCUU